ACCAGAUGGGGUGUUACGCAAGGCCUGAUGUUUACCUCCCGCAGGGGCCUCCUCCCUCCCUAUAAAGCCUGACGUGGUGGGGAGAUCGGCGGGGACAGACUGGUCGAAGGCCGAGGCGAUCCCAGGAGAGCGCCAGGAAAGCGUCAGAAAGUUAAUGCGGGAGGCGGAGAGCGGGGCAGAGACGCAGCCAGCAGCCGAGGCGCACCGCCAUCUGCGCAGCCGAAGGCGGUCGCGGUGGUCGCGGAGGGGACGGCGCCCGGGCGCUGGCUCCCCAUGGAGGCGUCCGAGCUUCUGGGACCGGGGCUGGUGGAGCGUCUGGAGCAGCUGGCGACGUGCCCGCUGUGCGGGGGCCCCUUCGAGGACCCGGUGCUCCUGGCGUGUGAGCACAGCUUCUGCCGCGCGUGUCUGGCCCGCCGCUGGGGGACCCCGCCGGCAACCGGCCCCGAGACGCCCCCCACCGCCUGUCCGUGCUGCGGCCUGCCGUGCCCCCGCCGCAGCCUGAGGUCUAAUGUGCGGCUGGCGGUGGAGGUGCGCAUCAGCCGCGGGCUGCGGGAGAAGCUGGCCGAGCCCGGGGCGCGCGCGGGGAAACGCCGAGGCGGGCGCAUCCCUACCAUGGGCUGCCUGGACCCGCAGGGAGAGGUGAGGCGGGGUGCGCUUCGCGAGUCCGCAGCUGUCCGCGGAAGGGGCGAUCGGCUGGGGGGAAAGGAUAUGAAGAUGACAUGGAGAAGGUUUGAUGCCCCAACAUCUAAGGCAUCUAAUUCAGAGGACGAGCUCCCUGAAGAUUACCCAGUAGUCAAAAACAUGCUUCACAGGCUGACGGCCGACCUGACCUUGGAUCCUGGCACGGCACACCGCCGCCUGCUCGUCUCUGAGGACCGCCGCAGCGUCCGACUGGCCCCACCGGGGACACCGGCGCCCCCCGACGGCCCGGCGCGCUUCGAUCAGCUUCCGGCGGUGCUGGGCGCCCAAGGCUUCGCGGCUGGCCGCCACUGCUGGGAGGUGGAGACCGCGGACGCCGCCUCCCGCGGAGACUCUUCCGGAGAGGAUGAGGACGACGGGGAGAGCCUCUACGCCCUGGGCGCGGCCGGGGAGUCGGUGCGACGCAAGGGCCGAGUAGGGCUGUGCCCCGCGGGGUCCGUGUGGGCCGUGGAGGGUCGCGGCGGCCGGUUGUGGGCGCUCACCGCCCCGGAGCCCAUCCCGCUGGGCGGCGCCAGGCCCCCGCCGCGGCGCAUCCGCGUGGACUUGGACUGGGAGCGGGGCCGCGUGGCCUUCUACGACGGCCGCUCCCUCGACUUGCUCUUCGCCUUCCAGGCGCCGGGUCCCCUCGGGGAGCGCGUCUUCCCGCUGCUGUGCACCCGCGACGCCCGCGCCCAGCUCCGCAUCGUGCCCGCGGAAGGCUGAGAAGCUCGCCCACAACCCUCGUUCUGGCCUGGCCCAAAUGAGGCAGCUUCCUCUUGAGCACGGACAUCCUUACUCAUUACAGGGAUCCUGUCCGCGCCCACCGGGCAAGUGUAUUGAUAAGCACCCCGGACCUCCCCCCCUCCAUUUUCUCCAAAUAGGACCUCCACUGGCCUCCAAUUUCCACAUCCAUGCCCAAAGCUGAAUUCCUGAACCCCCUUCCCCCCAUCUUGGGAUGCUCCUCCCCCUCGGUUAUCUCAGUACUUCCCCCAGGGAUCCCUCCCCUUCUAUAUUUCCCAGGCUUGAUUGGGGAAGAGGUCCUGCCCCACCAGUACUGGUAAAUGGCCCAUUUUAAUACGCAGAGGGCCAGCUGGUCAAAUAUUUACCUCCCACCCCUGCCGCUCCUCCUGGCAAAGAAGAGCACGGUGCCCUCUCCACAGCUCUGAGGUUUGGGCUUCCCUGCCUCGUCCACUCUGAGGUUUCUCUUCAAGACCCUCCUCCCCUAAAACAAGAGGCUUAACUGUGGCCUGGGCCUUAGGGCUCUCUGUUUUUGGGAGAUGAGGGGCAGGACAGUUCUAUUCCACCCUGACAACCUUCCAUGUUUACAGCUAUUUCUUGUUAAGAAUCUUAACCAAUAUCCCGUUUCCCCCGCCAGCCCCACAACCAGCUCCUUGUGAGCAUGGCACAUACUUGUAACAUGGAACCAAUGGUGCUACCUCUCCAUUUCUCAACCUGGGAACGACCCAGACACCCCAAAUUUGCCCUUGUAUAUAUAGCCUCACUUCUUUCCCCAUAUGUAUAAAUGGGUCCAUAUUUAACACAUUUUUAUGUUGGGUUAUUUAUUUUGUGCAUCUGUGGCAAUAAAUGAGAUCUCAGUGGUGGUA